AGGUACCUUAAGACAAGAAGUUAAAGGGUACCAGAGAUUCUGGGAAUGCCAUCAAGAAGUACAUAUUCGCUUUUUCCGUUUCUGCGAAGAUCUUCCUUCAUGUGACGUCUAAGGAGCGGUGAAGCCCAUUAAAAGAGCUUUUAAUGCAGCAAUGUUUGUAGAUGCUUUCACAUCCCCAGCGAGCCUGAGGGGUCAGCAAGGCAGUGAGUUCAGUUCCACAGACGGAGUUCAACCUGACGCACUCUUCCACCUGCUGCUGCCUAAACCUGUCAGUCAACACUCAGCCGGGGGAUUCGUUCAGGUUCCAGCGGGAAGGAGUAAAAGAAGGCAACAAGAAAAACAAAAGGCAGCAUAAAGGAAAGAAAAUGCUAAAGAAACUGAGCAAAGGACUAUGGAACUAUCACACCGUUGGCCUGGUCAUCUUCAUCCCUCUGCUGCUGCUUCCUCUUCCUCUUGUCAUUGGGACUCUGGAGGCAAAAUGUGCCUUUGUGCUGCUGCUGAUGGCGAUGUACUGGGUAACAGAGGUGAUUCCUCUGUCCAUGACCGCCAUGCUGCCAGCCAUCCUCUUUCCCAUGUUCGGCAUCAUGAAGUCCUCAAGCGUGGCGAAGGAGUACUUUAAAGACUUUCACAUUUUGCUGGUGGGCAUCAUCUGUCUUGCAACAUCUAUAGAGAAGUGGGGUCUCCACCGCCGAAUCGCCCUAAGACUUGUCACCAUGGUGGGAGUCAACCCAGCAUGGUUGAUUUUGGGCUUCAUGUCCGGCUGUGCCUUCCUCUCUAUGUGGGUCCAAAACACAUCGGCUGUUGCGAUGGUGAUGCCAAUUGUGGAGGCUGUUCUCCAGCAGAUCCUGAAGGCCAAGGAGGAGUAUUCUGGAGAGGACAACCCCAACUUGCAGCUAGAUGAAGACGACUGCCAUGCUGAAAAAAACAAAGAAGCUAUGAGUAACGAGAAGAAUCCAGAUGGUCCUGAAGAAUCCUACACGUGCGUUCAGAUCCAGACAGUGUCACAGCCAGUUCAGAGUGCAGGGUGCAUGCCUGCAGCUCCCAGCAGGUGUAAGCGGGACUUGAUGAUGUGCAAAGCCAUGUGCAUCGGCAUUGCCUACUCUUCCAGCAUCGGCGGCAUCACCACUCUGCCAGGAACAUCACCCAACCUCAUUUUCUCCGAGUAUCUGCACCAGAUGUACCCAAACUGUGACAGCAUUAACUUCGGGAACUGGCUCCUGCUGUGCCUCCCCAUCAGCAUUAUCAUGCUGCUGCUGACAUGGAUAUGGUUGUACUGGCUGUUUAUUGGUUCAGACUUCAGCUUCCUGUGCCGCCGGGGAGGAGAGCAUACUGAGAAAGAGAAGGCAGCGAAGAAAGUCUUGGAUGAGGAGUACAAAUCGCUGGGACCCAUGAGUUCUCAGGAGAUCUUCACUGCAGUUGUCUUCGUGGUGAUGGUGUUGUUGUGGUUGACCAGAGCUCCAGGUUUCGUCCCGGGCUGGGCUUCUCUCUUCCCUCAGCCGUCUGGCUACAUCACUGAUGCCACUGUGGCUCUGCUGCUGGGUUUCCUCUUCUUCAUGGUACCUGCCUACGGACCCUCCAGAAAAUAUGAGGCCAUGAUUUCCUGGACAGACUUCCAGGCCUCGAUGCCGUGGAAAGUUGCACUUCUCGUUGGUGGAGGUUUUGCUCUGGCUGAAGGCACAAAGGAAUCAGGCCUGUCUCUGUGGGUGGCCGAGCUGCUGACACCGCUGGGGGAGCUGCCAGUUUUGGCCACGAUUAGCAUUGCCUGCAUUAUUGUCACCACGGUAACGGAGGUAGCCAGCAAUGCCGCCACCAUCACCAUCUUCCUCCCCAUCCUGUCUCCUCUGGCGGAGGCCAUCCAUGUGAACCCGCUGUUCGUGCUGAUCCCCACCACACUGUGCACAUCCUUCUCCUUCCUGCUGCCUGUUUCCAACCCCCCCAAUGCUGUUGUCUUUAGCUAUGGACACAUUACCAUCAUGGACAUGGUGAAGGCGGGGCUUGGUGUUAACCUGAUUGGUGUCCUUGCCGUUCUGUUGGCUGUGGCGACGUGGGGGGUCCCACUCUUCUCUCUAGAUGCGUAUCCUCACUGGGCACCGGUCCUCCCUGUGUUCAACUCUACAGCCCCUUGAUCGUCUCUAGGGCGUCAUUUUCAAUAGGAUAAGGCUUCUAGAUGCACAGAAGCAUAUGAAUAGGUUCAAUUGUACAGGUUAGGGUAAAUAUGUUCAGCUCUUUACCAUAGUAGCCAGCAUGUUUUAAUACCAACUAGUCCAAAUGAACCUGGUUGAAUAUAGCAUCUGUGCCACAGAGCUCCUCUGUUGUCCCAAAGCUAUUUCACUAUCAAUUUGACAUGUUGCCCUGUUACAACAAAAACAUACCAGCUGUAGUUUAGAUAUGAUUCAACUCCACAUUCACCAUUCUGCUGGGCAAAGUAGCAAAUGUGCAUUAAUCCUCCCCUGAACAUUGUCCUCAGGAGAAGCACAAUUUCCUCUGUUUGAGUAACACUGGAAAAACCUAAAGCUACCAGAUGGCUUAAGAAACUUCUGUGCCCUGUUUUCUGUGGGUCUGUGAAGCAUUAGUUAAAGAUUUACACCGUCACCAGGAAGCAACAGCCGCAUUCUAGUUUUAAGGGUUUUGUGUGGGAUUUGUUUACAGUAAUAAAAACACAGGCUUUCA